AUGCGUGCCAGGCUCGUUGUCCGCCGACAACAACCCAUCCGCUUCGUUCCCUUCAGCCCACAGCCGAUAUGUUCCCGGUCCUUCGCAAACCAAACUAAAUUCACAUCUACAAAGUCCCGACCAAGCCUUCCCUUCCUCCUCGUCCCGAAGACUAAUCCCUCGGUUGCCCGAUCGUUUACCUCUGAGCGCAAACGGUGGUUCAAACACGAAGCAAAGCUUGUCGCGAGAUACACCAUCACAUUUUGGGGUCUUGCGAUAUGCGGAGUCUUGAUCUUCUUUGCCGUCGGCGAAGAGACCCUGGAGCGAGAAUUUCCCACACCCCCCGAAUGGCAUUUCCUGACGAGGAAGUUUCUGAGAGAUGCGCAAAGCUGCAAGGACCCAAAAAAUGGCGAAAUCAAUUGGGCGAGAUGUCUGGAGCUGGCGCGUGGGGUGGUAAUACGAUUGGAGGACCCUAAGCUUGGUGGUGAAAAGGUCACCAAACUCAGCGACGAGGUUGACCCAAGUCUUGAAGUACCCGGGGAAUUUAUCAACUGCGACAUAUCAGCUAUGUCGGAAGAAUGGCGAAGAGGAUACUUUGAGGCUAUCAUGCUCGCCGCCAAAGCCGCUGAACAUCUAGAAGGAUGGGUGAGAGACAAAACGCGGAACGUGGUUUGCGCCCCGGAAUUUGUCAUCGGUCCUUCAAACCCACGACCAACGCCUAUACCCCCUGGGCAGCCACAUGCACCAAGAGAAGAAGAUUGCGAGCAAGCAUACCCGGUUGCCGACAACUGGUAUAUGAAGAUCCUUGCAACGACAGGGCUAACGCCUCGGCAAAAGAUGGAAGGCGCACUGGAAUACGCCAGUUUUAUGGAAUUCAAGAAUGGACAAGAAGGUGCGGAAGCGCUAUAUAGCCUCGCCCUAGCAUCAGCGUCCGCAGGAGUCGACUCGUCGAAACUCCCAUACGACACCACAACAUUCGUUGUCAAAGAUGGGAUGCCAGCGCCGUCAAUGAACAUCCUCGAUGCUUUGACAGCAAUUGCGAACCAGAAAGCCCGGCGAGGCGACAUCUCCUCCGCCCUGCCUAUCUACAUCUCUCUCCUCAGGACACGGCGCUCGCUAUCGGACAUCCCACCACCCGCGGACCGAUCAAAAGCUAACACACUGUCUGCCUACAAACGAUUUGUCAAUUUCUUCGGCCCACCUCCUUAUCCGGCCCCAGGACCAGAUGGCACCCAGCCCCCCUGGCGGAGCCCCUACGAGCGGUGCCAGGAAGCAUCGCUCAAUUUGUACAUUGGUGAAAUUUUAUACGCUACAUCCUCGAGAGACGAGGGCCUGGCGUGGACAAGAGAUGGCGUGGAUCAAGCGGAGGAACAGCUACGUGCGCUUGGGUCAGCAAAUAGGGACAAAGCAACGAAACAAAUUUGUCGAGAGUGCCUGGGUACUGGACUAGAAAACUGGACGACAAUGGUGUCUCGCUUGGCUCGCGCGGAAGAGGCUAAGAAGAGCGGCGCAUCCGCAUCUGGCAUGUUUUCUUUCUGGGGCGGCACCCAAGACGCGGAGGGGAGAUGGGCGGCGGAGGAGGCUGUUGUCCAGGAGCGAACGAGGCGGACUCGUGAGUUAAUGGACGAUAUAACCCCCCCUUCAUUUAGCAUUCUGUCCUACUUUAAGGCGUAA